CUCAGUUACACUGUUGUAUUGUUUCUCUUUUUAGAGCACAUGAAAAAAAAAUAAAAAAAAUUGUCUAUUCAAUUCUUAAAAACCUUUCAAAACCCUCAUUCCUAAUUCCACGAUCGCGUACAUCAUCAUCAUCAUCUUGCUCGUGAUUCUGGACUUGGGUGGAUGAGGUAAUUGUUUGAAAAAUGUCACAGCAACCGUCGGUUAUUCUUGCAACAGCUAGUUACGAUCAUACUAUUCGCUUUUGGGAGGCGAAAAGCGGUCGUUGCUACCGUACUAUCCAAUACCCAGAUUCGCAAGUGAAUCGACUUGAAAUAAACCCAGAUAAGCGCUACUUGGCUGCAGCUGGUAAUCCUCACAUUCGCUUAUUCGAUGUCAACUCAAACAGCCCUCAACCUGUGAGAAGCUAUGACUCCCACACAAAUAAUGUUAUGGCAGUGGGAUUUCAGUGUGAUGGAAACUGGAUGUACUCAGGAUCUGAGGAUGGCACAGUAAAGAUUUGGGAUUUGAGAGCUCCAGGCUGCCAAAGGGAGUAUGAAAGCCGUGCAGCUGUUAACACAGUUGUGCUACACCCAAAUCAGACUGAGCUGAUUUCUGGUGAUCAAAACGGAAACAUCCGUGUCUGGGAUUUGACAGCAAAUUCUUGCAGCUGCGAAUUGGUACCAGAGGUGGAUACAGCUGUGAGAUCUCUAACAGUUAUGUGGGAUGGAAGCUUGGUUGUUGCUGCAAAUAAUCGUGGAACAUGUUAUGUUUGGCGCCUGUUGCGAGGAAACCAGACUAUGACCAAUUUUGAGCCACUUCACAAGCUACAAGCUCAUGAUGGCUACAUUCUCAAAUGUCUUCUGUCACCUGAGUUCUGUGAACCCCAUAGAUAUUUGGCAACUGCAUCAUCAGAUCACACCGUCAAGAUAUGGAAUGUUGAUGGGUUUACGCUCGAGAAAACUUUAAUAGGCCAUCAACGGUGGGUGUGGGACUGCGUUUUUUCAGUAGAUGGGGCUUACCUAAUAACAGCUUCUUCUGAUACAACAGCAAGACUUUGGUCUAUGUCGACUGGCGAAGACAUUAAAAUGUAUCAGGGUCAUCACAAAGCAACUGUUUGUUGUGCUCUCCAUGAUGGAGCGGAGCCCUCUCCGACUUGAACCUGGUUCUGUUUUCUUUUAGCAUUAUACUAAUUAUCUAUUCCCUAAACAAAUCUGUUUAGUUUUUCUUGUAAGCUUGUGUAAAUUAUGUUGCUGCAUUUAGAAAAAUCGGUUGUCAAUGCUAAUUUUUACGAGACUAACAGAACCAAUGUGCUUGUGUUUUUUCCUUUCAGACGGUUGAUCUGUUGUCUGUUUUGUCGAAGUCUGGAGGAUUUGUAAAAAGAUUGUUCUUUAAAAUCACUGAUUUUUUUAGUUUUAUUUACA